AUGCCUACCAAUCAGCAUGUCAGUGCGGCUCUGUCGCUCAUCGAGCAUGACAAGUCCAAGGUUCUGGGCCUGACUGUUGGCAAGCACCAUAACGUCCAACCUGGCGACCACAUUCCUCGCGCCGACGCCCAGUCGCCCCCACAGCUCUCGUUCGAGGGCCUAGAUGCUUCCAAGACCUACUUGGUCGUCGGUCUGGAUAUCGAUGCUCCGUUCCCUUCCUUUGAUAUCCUGGGACCCAUCCUUCACUGGAUUCAGCCUGGUGUCAAGGCCACCGAGUCGUCCACUCUCGACACCAGCGGGCCGUUCGUCGCCGACUACAUCGGGCCUGCUCCCCCGCCUGGCAGCUCGCCUCACCGCUACAUCUUCUUCUUGUACGAGGAGCCCGCUGGCUUCGAUGCGAAGAAGUAUGCGCCUGCUGACGGCAAGAAACUGAGCAACUGGAACCGCAUGCGCUACGACCUCGAUUCUUGGGCCAAGGAGAUCAACCUGGGCCCCGUGCUAGCUUUCAACUUCUUCGAGAGCAACUAG